GUAAUGGAUAGGAGAAAAGGAGAGUAGUCCAAAAUGGAUGGAGAUGGGGAAGAAUUUACCCUCCACUGGGAGGAGGAGGUGGAAGUCAAGAAUUCAUCGGAUGUGGUAAAAACAGAGGUUGCCAACUACAGCCUUGAAAAUGUGCAACCUGGGCCAUAUGCACAAAUGCAAUCAGAUAUGAUAGCUGACACAGAUCAAAUGGCAGCAGAGAACUUGAUGUACUUAGCCCAGGAUGUAGUGAGCUAUACAGAGACAGCUGAGCUUGACCCCAGUGUAGAGUGUGUCACGGAAGAGGUCAUUACCGAUGACUGGGUGCCACAUGGUGGACAAGAUAGAGUUGAAGUGUCUCUAGAUCAUUUCGUAAAUCCAGUGUCAGAUAUCAAAGAAGAAAAUGACAUUGAUGUCCCCUUGCCCACAGAUCAAGAUGAAUACACAGCCAUGCGGCCAUGGCCCUGCGAUUUCUGUUCGCGGAGGUUCCGCAAGAAAGCGGCUUUAAUGAACCACAUGGUUGCCCAUCAAAAUGACCGACCUCAUGCUUGCAAUCUUUGCGGCGUGCGAUAUGUGCGAAAAUGUGACUUGAUGAACCACCUCAAGGUCCAUGCUUUUGUACCCGACACACAGGAUGCCAUUGAUUACGAAGAGAUGUUAGACAAUGACCAACUUCUAAAACCAAAAAAGAAGAGGGGGCGACGGAAAAAGAAUCCUGAUCCUGUUGAAAAUGGUCUAUGGGAGAACAUGACUAGUGCACGCACUCAACAAUGGUCACGACGGCGGUCGCCUAAACCCCCUCCGACGCCGCCGUCCCCGCCAUCGCCAGCGUCCCCCCCUUCGCCGCCAACGCCGCCGCCCGCGCCCGCUGACCCCAGCCGCCCUUUUGUCUGUCGCCAUUGUGGAGUUGGAUUUGCUAGAGAGAAGGCAUUGCAGUCACAUGCAAGGGUGCACGGCGGCGAUUCUCCGGUGGAGUGUGUGUCAUGCGGUGAGUUGUGCUGGUCACGCGAAGCGUUGGCACACCACGCUGCCACCAAGCACCCGCACCUACCGCCACCGAAGCACGAGACGCCACGGAACGACUACAACGACUCAAACUCGGAUGACGACAUGGAGUUCCGUCUGUCGCCGAUGGAGGGGGUCCGGGACGCGAGUUCAGAACGCGCCAGUAUGGACGCACUAAGGGGACCUUCACUCUUCUGUCAAGACUGUGGCGUCGCCUUCCAGCGAGCUGAUCUCUUGAGGAGGCACGUCGCUGCUGCACACAGCUACAAACGGCACGACAGCACGAGCAGCGCGUGGGAGCACACGUGUGACGUGUGCGGUGAGUCCUGUCAGGACGCGUUGCAGCUGUUGGCACACGCGGAGCUGCACGCCGACCCGCCCAACCAACAAAGGCAUCACACUAGAAUGAAAAAAGUGUCGAGAGGUCGAAAUAAUACAUCUUCGUUAAAUAAUUCGCGACAGUUUCCGUGCAGAGAAUGUGGCAAAGUGUUCGGGUCGCGCAGUUCGCAGCAGAUCCACGUGCGUAUUCACACGGGCGAGCGGCCAUACGCCUGCCGUUUCUGCUGGAAGGCAUUCGCCGACGGGGGCACGCUCAGGAAACACGAGAGGAUACACACUG